CGACUACUACAGGAGACCUAUCCUAGGAGUCGAUGACGUAAUAUCCAAUACGGAAACAGAUACGGCCCAUGAGGACCUUCCAGGCCGUGACUAACGGAAGGGGGUGGGCAAAGUUGGUACGUACUUGGGAGUUGUUCAAAGGCUUUUCAUAUGUAUCAUUUGCAUUGUUUUUCUCCUCGAAUCAGAUGAAUCUACCAAAAAUAUCGAAUCCAUACAAGGUAUGUCGUCUUGUUCAUUGAGCCGGCGCAAACAGGAGAAACUUCUGCCACUCCGCCCAGGUCCUUUCUUUGUGAGUUAUUCGAAGUGAAGGCGAUGAAAAGGUGGAGAAAGUUUUGGAAAGAUUUUUACAAACAAGAAUGGUUGGUGCAAAAUGAUCUCACCGCCAUUCAUCUAUUCAAUCACGGCUCUUAUGUUCCCCUUCAUGAUGAUGAAGUUUGGAAGUCACGAUUUGAAUGUAGGUUGUGUUUGAAACGUUGUUCUAGCGAUCAGAAGUUAACCCAUCUCUACAAUGAGUGUGAGACUGUGCACUUCUGGUGGAAAAAGAGCAGCUUUCCAGCACGACUGCGCUCAAGGGAGAUGCUUGCUCCUUUAGAUACUUUCUUUGAUUGUCGAAGGAACCCCAAUUGGCUGGUUAAAGUCGUUCGUAAGGCUUAAUUUGUUCAAGGACCAGGAGGCAAAGACAGGCGUACGUCUUGCCGCAGUGUCACGGGCCCUAAGGGAAAAAUAUCAUACAGAAAGGUGUCAUCAGUUCAAUUCAAGUGGUUGGCAUUGGUUAUGGGCAGACGUCGUUUUGAGGGGAGUAUAUCCCCUUUGGGGGAGUUUGUGAAUGGGUGCUCGCACCUUCUCACUUUAGCCCAUGUUGUGACCUAUUGUAGGUUUUUUCUUAAUAUAUUUUCGUUAGUGGUGGGGUAAUAAAUUUCCUCCAGUG